ACACUCACCGAUCACCCACACCUGCGCUCGUUCCUCCCGAACCUGACCUACGACCAGUUCUGCCAUGCCUACUUGCUAGUGUGCUCACGGGCGUGGGGGAUCGAAGCUUUGGGCAAUCUGGCCCUGGUGCCAUAUGCGGACAUGAUAAACCACAACCCCCACACGCACACUCUGCUGUGCUACGACGAGGAGCAACAAGCAGUCGAGAUCAUAGCGGACAGAGACUACGAACCAGGGGAGCAGGUCCUAGUGAGCUACGGCAAUCUCUCCAGCGGUGUCUUGGCGCUUGACUUUGGCUUCACUGUGCCCGACAACCCGCAUGACUCUGUGGAGCUGUGUGUGCUUAUUACGAGCAGCAGCACCCCCCAUGAUGCACAACUCAACGAGGCCAAGAGGCGGCUUCUGGUGGAGGCGCAGCUGCUGCCGUGUGACUCUGCCGGUGGUGCCUGCUUUGUGCUCAAGUGA